CCGGGAUCUUGCGUGACGCGGAGACGCACUGGCUGGCGUGGGGCGCGUGUCUGUGGAGAGCAGCAGACAGAGGAAGAGCUGCUUAUUCAUGAAAGACAGCACUCGGAUGUGGAUGUGGCUUUGGCUUUAUCAGCAGGAAUUGCUCUGAUUAUAGUGAUUCUUCUCCGCGUUUAUGUGCUUUGAGAUCAAAUAACAGCGUCUGAUCUGUGCUUGAGUUACAUGUGCCUCCAACACAAGAUUUAGCCACGCCCACAGCUGAAGAUGUCAGACAAUGGGGAAGUAGAAGACAAGCCACCAGCUCCACCCAUGAGAAACACAAGCACCAUGAUUGGCUCGUCCGGUAAAGACUCAGGCCCGCUGAAUCACGGCUCCAAACCUCUGCCGCCCAACCCGGAGGACAAGAGGAGAAAAGAAGGCUUCAUCCGAUCCAUACUUACCGGAGGAGGAGACAAGACCAAUAAGAAGAAGGAGCGUCCGGAGAUCUCUCUGCCGUCGGAUUUCGAGCACACCAUCCAUGUUGGCUUUGACGCCGUCACUGGAGAGUUCACUGGCAUGCCGGAGCAGUGGGCACGGUUACUCCAGACGUCCAACAUCACCAAACUUGAGCAGAAGAAGAAUCCUCAGGCCGUUCUGGACGUGCUUAAAUUCUACGAUUCGAAAGAAACGACCAACAGCCAGAAAUACAUGAGCUUUACAGACAAAGGUGCGGAUAACUACAACACUUCCAACGCAGUGAACUCCAAGACCGUUUCUGAGACCCCUGCCGUGGCCACCGUCUCCGAAGAUGAGGAUGAGGAUGAAGCCACGCCUCCACCCAUCAUCGCACCCCGUCCCGAACACACCAAAUCUAUCUACACGCGCUCCGUUAUUGACCCUAUUCCUCCUCCACUCUCCACCAAAGACGCCGCUACAUCGCCCAUCACUAACGCGGCCGCUGACGGCGGCAGUCCCACCCCGACACCCUCCACAACCACUGCCACAGCCACCGCGACCUCCACCAACACCAGCACCCCGACACCCUCUACUCCACAAAACACCGACAAAACACGCAAGAAGAAGAUGACCGACGAGGAGAUACUCGAGAAACUGAGAAGUAUAGUCAGCGUGGGCGACCCGAAGAAGAAGUACACGCGAUUUGAGAAGAUUGGCCAGGGGGCGUCUGGAACCGUCUACACAGCCAUAGACAUCGCCACGGGACAAGAGGUGGCCAUCAAACAGAUGAACCUACAGCAGCAGCCCAAGAAAGAGCUGAUCAUCAAUGAGAUCUUAGUCAUGAGGGAAAACAAGAACCCCAACAUCGUCAAUUACCUGGACAGUUACCUGGUGGGGGAUGAGCUGUGGGUGGUGAUGGAGUAUCUGGCCGGAGGCUCGCUGACGGAUGUGGUGACGGAAACCUGUAUGGAUGAAGCGCAGAUCGCCGCCGUCUGUCGGGAAUGUCUCCAAGCGCUGGAGUUUCUGCACUCGAAUCAGGUCAUUCACAGAGACAUCAAGAGCGACAACAUUCUGCUGGGCAUGGACGGCUCCGUCAAACUCACUGAUUUCGGCUUCUGCGCUCAGAUCACUCCUGAACAGAGCAAGCGGAGCACUAUGGUUGGGACGCCCUACUGGAUGGCCCCGGAGGUGGUGACCCGCAAGGCCUACGGGCCCAAAGUGGACAUCUGGUCCCUGGGCAUCAUGGCUAUUGAGAUGAUCGAGGGCGAACCGCCGUAUCUCAACGAAAACCCUCUGAGGGCUCUGUAUCUCAUCGCCACUAAUGGAACGCCGGAGCUGCAGAACCCAGAGAAACUCUCCUCGGUCUUUCGGGAUUUCUUAAACCGCUGUCUGGAGAUGGACGUGGAGAAGAGAGGCUCUGCCAAGGAGCUCUUACAGCACCAGUUCCUGAAAGUGGCCAAGCCUCUGUCCAGCCUCACGCCGCUGAUCAUCGCAGCUAAAGAGGCGGCCAAAAACAACCGCUAGCCCCCUUCCGAGACGACGGGACGACCCCCGGCCCCACCCGUCCUCCGCCCCGACCCCCAGAGCGCCCCGUCAGCCGUCUCUUUCUCUCUCUAUCUCUCUCGUCCCGAGGGUUCAUCCGCCCCUCGCCCUCUAGUGCUGCUGUUUUAGGGUCCGAGGGGCGUCUGUGGUCACGGAAAAGGCUCCGAACGAUGACAUCACUGGAAACAAAGGGCCCCGGCGCGUCAGGCCCAUAGCAUUAUGGGGGAUUUUCCCCUGGCUGACUCUCUCUGGGUCUCACUGUCAGUUUUUCUGUUGCUUUUGUUGUCGUUUGCUUUUGUGUUCCGAUCAUGGGAACACGAUUGAUGUUUUCAUGUAUGUAUUCGUUGGGGUUUUUGUUCAUUUUACGAUGUUUUUUAACGUGUGAGAGAGCGUGCGUGCGUUCCCCGGGUCAUAGAUUAGCUGAGAUUGCGACACGAUGACACGUUUGUACUGCGAUCGACAAAAAGAUCUUGUCCGAUGUACGUUUUUUUUGAUAUUGAAACUUGAUGAUUUGCAACAGACUAUUAAUUAAGGUACUAUGAAGGAUGCCUGUGCAUGAAGAGACUGCAUUUCUGAUAAUGAAACGACCACCUGAGGUCCGUUCUGUCCCAUAAUUCCUCCACACGUCGGAAUUGAACACCUUAAUGGAAUUGAAACGUUCUGAUAUGACGUUCACGUACCUUCUGGCCUUAAACUGGGACGUGAAUGGUAGGACGUAAAGAAGACGGCACAACACACGAAGAUGCAAUCUGUCACCAUUUUGAUUCUUUCAGGGGACUGAUGGGAUUUGUUUAGAAGAGAAUCUUUCCUGUAAGCGAUCAGUGUGUUUCUGCGAGCCAUAAACUCUUUAUAAGGCCUUUUGAUGAAUCGAAAUUCUUAACUGAAAUGGGACGAAUAAACUUCAGAAUUAA